UUCCACACAGAAACCGUCUCUAAAGAUGGACUCAGUCUGACAGGAAGCAGUCGAUGCUUCGCUCUGUGAGGACGUUCCCGCUCAGAAUAUGGCGGCUGUAAAGAUAAUCUGUGGACGCUGAUGUUAGGGAAGUGACGGCACGUUGCUGAAGCUGAAACUUGGAGAUGUGGUUCACAGAUGAAGUUGACGAAAGACGUCAAAAGAAAGAAAGAAAAAAGGGGGAAGUCAGAAAAUGACCUUCAUUUCCUUCAUCAUUUCACAGUCAGCCGCUCACUUUCCACUUUACACUGACUGAGGUCACAACUCUCAGACUCUCAAACUAAGGAUGGCGGUUUGGGACAGAAAGAUUCUCUGGGGCUUCGUGUUGCUGCUGGCAGGUGCUGGAGCUCAGAGUGUGAACUAUCCACAUCCUGUUUGUGCUGUUAAAGGAUCCACUGUCACCCUCCUCUGCUCCUUCACACCAGUUAAAUCUGUCAUUAGAGAGAAUGGAAGAGAAGUUCCUAUAGUGAUCGUCAGAGUCGUCUGGUGCCAGAACCAUGAGAUUUGUCAGGGCACCACCCCGUCUGUGUACGACAGUGAGUCUACAAACAACGACCGUCGUUACAAAUAUCUGGGAGACAAGAAGGGAAACUGCACUUUACAGAUCACAGAUAUACAGAAGAGUGACGAGGCAACAUUUCGCUUCAGAAUGGAAGCAAAUGACACCAGAGGACAUUUUACUGACAAAUCAGGAGUAAAAGUCACAGUCACUGAUCCUGUUAGAAUGAAGAUAACCAGCUCCAGUGCAGACGGAGAGAUGAGAGGAGGAGAAUCAGUCACUCUGUACUGCACUGCAGUCUGCACUAUCCACCAACUGGAGGUCACCUGGUUCAAAGACAACCACGUCCUCUCAGAGUCUGGCCCCGCCCUCCAGCUCAGCCCGCUGACUGCAAAGGAUUCUGGGAACUACACCUGUGGUUUGAAGACCAACAACAGAACUGUGUCCCUGCCGUACAGUCUGCAUGUGGAGGCUGAAGAUCCUGUUAGAAUGAGGAUAAACAGCUCCAGUGCAGACGGAGAGAUGAGAGGAGGAGAAUCAGUCACUCUGUACUGCACUGCAGUCAAUAUCCACCAACUGGAGGUCACCUGGUUCAAAGACAACCACGCCCUCUCAGAGUCUGGCCCCGCCCUCCAGCUCGGCCCUCUGACUGCAAAGGAUUCUGGGAACUACACCUGUGGGUUGAGGACUAACAACAGAACUGUGUCCCUGCCGUACAGUCUGCAUGUGGAGGACGAAGGAGGUAACAUGUCUCUGAUAGUUGGUGUGGCGUUCGGUGUCCUGCUGGCUCUGAUCGCUCUUAUCGUGGUCCUCUGCAUCAUCAAAAGGAGGCGGGCUGCAGAUAAGGGUCAUAGAGCUGUGGGAGGUGAGACAGAACAAAAGCAUCCUGAUAACAUCUACAGCAACACUCUGAUAGUCGCUGAGGAGGAGGAAGGGGGUCAGCAACCCCAAACCAGUAGAGCUGAGGACGAAAUCAGCUACGCCUCUGUCCAGUUCAAACAGAAGAAGCAGGCGAGACCGGCGGAGGAAGCAGAGGAUGCCAUCAUCUACAGUUCAGUAGCAGGCAGAGGAUGAAGUUACAUCUCGUUGGCACCCACAGUCCAUCCAGUGACACGAUGAGUCAGUUUAUCUGAUAACGUUCGGAGGUGUCAGUAGGUGGACGUAAGAGGUAAAAAUGAUCCAUGAAAACCGGCUGUGAAACUGCUCGGUGAAGUAAAUAUCUAUAUAGAGACAGAUGUGUUAUCUGUGUGUACAGAUCAGCAGUCUGUAUACAGAUCAACAGUCUGUGUGUAAAUCUGUAAAUAUAACAUGUCUUCCACAAGAUGAAAAAAAGAUUUGCAAACUCACAAAAAUAUUUUACAAAUAUAAAACAGAACAAAGUAAAAUAUCUGUGAUACAUUCAUCUACAAAUAAAUAUAAAGCAUUUGUUCCACAUCACAGAACGUUAGUUCAACAUAUACCAGUAACAUAUAAAUAUCAUCUACAAAUACAUACAUAUAUCAUAUAAAUACAUAUAUACAUAUAUAUACAUAUGAACAGCUCUCUGAAUCAUUUCAUUAAUUCAGACUUUUAUCGUGUUGUAUUUAUUAAAGGCAGACUCACUGUAGGAAGAUAAACACUGUCUGUGUGGACGCCACAGCUCUUCAGUGAGACAGGUGACCACAUGGGACAUCAUUUUAUCUUUUAUGGUCGUAUUGAAUGAUGUCCCACAUAUUGAAUGAUGUCCCACGUAUUGAAUGAUGUCCCACGUAUUGAAUGAUGUCCCACGUAUUGAAUGAUGUCCCACAUAUUGACCACUGCAGGUGGUCCAAACCAUGAACUGUGAACCUAACGUUUAUCCUCACUCUCUCUGUACGUCCGAAGAGAUUUGGGAAAGUUGCAUUCAGAUAAAAUAUAUAAUUAAAGCUGCAAGCAGUGUUGGGUGGGACCUCGCCAUCAACCUACGUCGGGGCCUGCAUGGUGGUCCCCCGCCGCAGCCACUCCAUGCCACGUCACCCCACGCCCAAGCCCUCAUCACCAGAAACCGAGGAAGACCCUAACCCUAACCCUAACCCUAUAUAGUAAUAUAGUAUAAUAAUUAGGGACCUUACAGUUGAUAUUGGCUCAGUCCCUAAUUAUUUCCUUCACCUGCUAAAGGAAGCUGAGACCUGAACAGUGUUUGCUACUGAAUCAGAGGUCAAAGGUUAGAGACGUUAUAGGUAAAAGACAUUGCUGUCCCACUUCGUGUCACUAUGGAUCUGAAGCUCUCUGAUUGGACGGUUCUCUUUCUCUUUAUGGACGCAAUCUGGUACUUUUUAAUUUUUAUCUAUGAGGUAGAACUAUGCUUCAUUGUUUUUAUUGAUUAUUGAUCAUUAGGAAAGCUUUGGACUGAAAUGUGUCUGUAUCACUCGUACGUAUUUAUAAGAGCCCCCAAAAAGACUUGCUUUAGUUAGUUUACUUACUUUAUUUUUGUGUUAAUAUUCUUUGUUCUUUUGUGUAAUUUAUUGUUUUUAUGAGGUCUUUUCAUUGUGCUUUUGUAAGAAAGAAAAUAAAAUUGAAUUUGAUGAAGAUAAUGAAAGUAUUGGAGAAUUCCUGCUUCAGUUUCAAAGAAAUAAACAGUUUUAUGUUUAAAACA